CAAAAACACUGCAUCAGUUCUCAAUAGCUGCUUUUCAAAGCGGUACUAUCUUGUUUGCCUUGCAAUAAUAUUCCCAAUUUCACUGAAAAAAUCUCCACCUCGUCAACCACCGCCGCUCCUCAUCUCCAUGCUGCUACAGUAGUACACCGCUAAAAAAUCUCCGAUUCACUAGUUUUUUUCUGAUGAAAAAGCAGUAGAGAUUGUUAAUCCUCGCUAGCUUCUAGGGUUUCUUCCAUCUCCUUGUCGACUUCACCGUUUCUGAUCUGCAGUUCAGUGAAAUGGAGGAGUACAAUCACGAGAUGAGCGGGAACUCGAAUUCGAGGUGCAAUUUCCUGUACGGAGAUUCAUCUGUUUACGGAAGAAGCAGCUCCUUCCAUCUCCAAUCGCCCGAUUGCUACGAUCAAUCGGAGACCAAGCAGCAGGCCGUCAAAAUUGAAUCGCGAAAUCACGCUUCCAGGUUCCAAUACUCCGCGAUUACUCCGGCUGCGGUGGAGGACCACCGCCACCGCCACGAUCGGGACAAUUCCGGCGAAGCUGAGUCGAUUAAAGCGAAAAUCAUCGCUCAUCCUCAGUAUUCAAGCCUUUUGGAUGCUUAUAUGGACUGCCAAAAGGUGGGAGCGCCGCCGGAUGUGGUGGCGCGGCUGGCGGCGGUGCGGCAGGAGUUUGAGGCGAGCCAGCGCGCUGCGGCGGUGACCGGCAGAAACGUCUCGAAGGAUCCAGAACUCGACCAAUUCAUGGAAGCGUAUUAUGAUAUGCUAGUGAAGUAUAGAGAGGAGCUGACGAAGCCGAUUCAUGAAGCUAUGGAGUUCAUGCGACGCAUUGAGAAGCAGCUCAAUUUGCUCACCAAAAACACUACAGAGGAGAAAUACGAGGGCAAUGGUUCAUCUGAAGAAGAGCACGAGGACAGUGGCAUCGAGACAGAAGUUGCGGAGAUAGACCCGAGAGCAGAAGACCGGGAGCUGAAGAACCACCUCUUGAAGAAGUACAGCGGAUACCUGAGCAGCCUCAAGCAGGAGCUCUCGAAGAAGAAGAAGAAAGGGAAACUCCCCAAAGACGCGAGGCAAAAGCUCCUCAGCUGGUGGGAGUUGCACUACAAGUGGCCUUAUCCUUCGGAGUCGGAGAAGCUGGCGCUGGCAGAGUCGACAGGGUUGGACCAGAAGCAGAUAAACAACUGGUUCAUAAACCAAAGGAAACGGCAUUGGAAGCCGUCUGAAGAUAUGCAGUUCAUGGUGAUGGAUGGGCUGCAGCACCCACACGCUGCAGCAGGGCUUUACAUGGAAGGCCAUUAUAUGGGUGAUGGGCCUUACAGAUUGGGGCCGUGACGACGUCGUAGUGCUGCUGCCUCUGCCUUGUGGUUAGUUAAUUAUAUAAAUCUGUGGAAAUUUGCAAGGGAGCUGAUGCUGCUGGUUUGGUAAUUGGUAGCAAUUUGACAGCUCAUUAAUCUUGUAUUUCUUCUUGUUAUUGUUGCUAGUUGUGUUAAUCUAAGUGUUUUUUUUUUAUUUUUUAUUGUAUGAUGUUUCUUGGUGAAAUGUAUCUGUAAUUUGGUGUUUAAAUGUUGAAAUAAUUGUGUAUCUUAACCUGAUAAGCAGUACAGAUUCAGUCCACUCUUCAA